AAAGUGAUAUUUUUUUGCUCAAAUGGCUAUAAAAUGUACGAUUGAUUAAACAAUUAUAAAUUGGAAAUGGAUGUAAAACUGCCCGCCCCCAUAAUAAUAAGCCAGGACAAUUUUCACAAUAUAAUCAACAAAAAUUGUUUGACAAUUAAUGAAUAUUUCCAAAAUGUCAUUUCCAAUGGUCGACAAACUGACUUAAUAACUAUAUUUGACAACUAUUUGGCCGAUCUAUUGAACCAAAACAGCCGUAACAACGAUAUACUAUUGGCCCGUAUAUUAUGCCUUAUAUCGCAAUUUAAUCAAUUGAGCCAUAAAUUGGAUAUAAAUUAUAAAAAUCCAGUCAAUAAUAAUAAUAAGGACAAUGAUCUCAAAGUGAUUAUAAAAUAUUUUGAAUGUGAGGAAAAUUUUAGGUCGGGUCUCAAAUGUCUAAUACAAUUGCGGGACUCGUAUCCAAUUGGCGACUGUUUUAUAUCUGAAUGCUAUGAUCGGUGUGUCAGUGCAUUGAUUAAGAAGUCGGUCAAAACCGGUUUCGAUAGUAUUUUACCACUAAUAAGCAAUAGUGAUAGAGAGAUACCGGUCAACCAGUGGGUGACAGCUGUAUGUCCGGCAAGGAUUGACUUAUUCGGAGGAUGGACUGACACACCGCCCAUUUGUUAUGAAAUUGGUGGUCAAGUGAUGAAUAUAGCCAUUCAAGUGAAUCACAAGAAGCCCAUUGGAUGCAGAGCUAGAAAAGUUGAGAACAUUUCUACAGAUCUCAUAACGAUCCGUGAAUUUGAUUCAAACAAACAAUUGGUAUCUGAUCUGAAACUUAACAAUAUUGAAGAGUUUAUCGAUUAUUGUGAACCGGACUCUAGCGGUGCUCUAAUCAAAUCUGCACUUAUUUGCUGUCAAUUUGUCGAUUUAAAUAAUCAGACGACUCUUCAUCAGCAACUGAACGCUAAUUUGAUUUCCGGUCUGGAAAUUGAAUUGUGGUCAGACCUGCCACAGGGAUCUGGUUUGGGAACCAGUAGUAUACUAUUGAGUUGUGUAAUUGCAGUACUCUGGAUGGUUUCAGGCAAACAAUUUACAAAAAGUGCACUAAUAAAUGCCGUCCUAUACACCGAACAAUUGUUGACCACAUGUGGCGGAUGGCAGGACCAGAUCGGUGGUGUCAUAGGAGGCGUCAAAUUGGGUCGAUCUGAAGCCGCUCUUCCACUGAAAAUAUCUUACAAAAAGGUUGAAAUAAGUAAACCAUUUCAAAGUCUACUCGAAAAGCAUUUGUUGCUUAUCUAUUCGGGAACCGUUAGAUUGGCUAAGAAUCUGUUGCAUACGGUUAUCCAAAACUGGUAUAUUCGGGAUCUAAAAAUUACUGAUUGUUUUAACAAUUUAUUGACAAAUACACGACUCUGUUUGGAUGCUUUUCAAAGGGAAGACUUGCAAUCAAUUGGCGAACUUUUGACCAAAUAUUGGCAAAUGAAGAAAAUUUUGGCCACAAAUAGUGAGCCAAAAUCGGUUUCGAAAUUCUUUAACAGGACUGAGCCAUUCAUACACGGAGGUGCACUUUGUGGUGCCGGCGGCGGCGGCUUUAUCUGUGUUAUUGUCAAACAGGAAUCUUAUAAACAGGAAGUCAUGUCAAUUGCCGGACAGUGUUUGACUACUGAAUCUCAAUUGUAUGAAUGCUGUGUCGAUGAAACUGGUAUUGAGAUAACAAUAGACAAUCAGUUAUAUAAUUUACAAGAUUAACAAAUUAAAGCAUUUUAACACAUAAUACCAAAUUAUAAUUAUUUAUUUUUUAUUUAUUAUAACAU